AGUUCAAACCGCCAAACGGCAAACGCCGCAAGAAAAAACUACAGCCGCAAAAGAUUUUUUUUUUUUUAAAAAAAAAAAAAAUCAAGACAAAAUGUCCGCGCAAGAUCCUACCCCACUACCGCCCACAACGAUUCUCUCAUCGAAACCUAUCUCCCAGUCAGUCGCACACGACUUCCUGGCCGCAUACUUGGACCGCGCAACCACAGACCCAGCGCUACAACCAAAUGCCGGAAUUAGUGAGCAUGGCCCUGUAUCACGAACAACAGCUGCAGCGCCGAACAUAAUCCUACAUAAUUUGAAGCGCGUGCAGGCCGGGCUUGCGGGGGAGGUGUUGGGUAGGGAUUUGGCAAUCGCGGAAAUGAAGGAGGGUGCGCAGGCUCAAGCUCAGGCACAAAGUGGAAAUGGGGAAGGGUCAUGGGAGGACAAGAAGCAGUUCGAACAGGAACAGGGAGUUGAAGGAAAUGAUGUUAACGUCGGAGGUGAGGAGGCAAUGGAGUUGGAUAAUACAGAGGCUGCAGACGAGGGGAAUGCAGCGGGGACUCUAGAUAAGGAGGAAAGAAAGAAGCUGAAGAAAGAACGGAGGAAAGCUGAGAAGAAAGCGAAACUGAAGGAGGCAGACGAGUAGAACCUUCGUUAUGACGGGUUCGAUUUACUAGACUAGACUUACUGGGUUCAAAAAGCAUGAAGGCGCAUAUUUGGGCAUAGAUUUAGGGCUUCAAGGUUAAUUCAAUCAUUUCCUUAAUUUAUUGGACGGCAUCUUUUAUCUCAUUCAAUUUCUUUUACUGAUAAGGUAACGUUUGAUAUCCAAAUAAGUUUCCUUGUUGCAAAUCUCAACAAGGUGAAACAGAUUCAACGUUUCAUCAAGCUAUCAUCUUAGAGCUCUCGGUCGCUAGCCUUGACAGGCUUCUCAUCAUCUUGGUCCUUGAAGUCCGUGACCUUUCCACCCUCCCAGCCUAGAGCCUUGAGUCUC